ACUAAAUACGAAAAAGCCAUAGUUAGCAUUGGAGAAAGAAAGCUUAUUACUCAUAAAAGAGAUGGAAGUUUAAAAAACUUACUAAAGAAAACAUAUCUAAGUCGAUGGAUUGGCCCACUUUAUAAGAGCGGCAAUGAAGUUGACAGUAAUCCAAAUAAUAAAGGAAAAUUCCUUAAUAAGAGAACCUCUUGUAUGGAUUUUGCAAGAAUGAAGAUUGAAAUUUCAACGCUUAAGGAAAGCAUGGAAAGCUUGGAGUGUUUAACUUCAUCAAUUCAUAGGCUUCGUCUCUCUCUUUUCAAGACUAAGAAAUCUGUUGCCUGUGAAGAUGUAGUUUCUAGUAUCUCAGAAGUCCUCAAUGAAAUUAUCAAUGAAGCAAAAUUUGUAAAGACUGCACUUGGGAGCUCCUUACCCAUCAGUUGGUCAGGGGAAGGAGAUACUGGCUACACGGGAGAUAAUGCUAGCACUGGCACGACACAUCAGGAAUGCGCUAAAGGACUAUGAUGAUGAUGAGGAUGAAGAUGACACUGAAGACUAUAGUUGAUAGUUUUAGUAUGGUUGAACAAUAUGUUGAGAAUUAUAGUUGAUGAUCAAUAUACUUUGUUUAUGUUUUAAAUUAUAUUGACUUGCUUGUUUAUAUUACUUUUCUUUUAGUUUGAU